AUGUCGCCAAAGAAGGUUGCAAAGCCUGCGAUGAAAAAGGCGAAGGCGAAGCCGCUGAAAGCCAUGAAGAAGCCUGCGGCGGCAUCGGGUCCGCAUACAAAGGGGCGAAGUGAGUUUAGCGGUGCAGUGUGUGAUGAAGCCAAAAAGCACCCAUUGGGAGGGUUGGCGCUGGGCGACCUAGCGCAUGCCGGAGCUCCUGCUUCAGAGGGGCUGCAAGAUGUCUGGAAAAAUGCCUUGCGGGACACUUACCAGAAGUACCACAAGGGCACUGUACUUGCAUGGGUUUCACCAGACUGUUUGAAAGGCGCGCCCAGCUGCUGGCAUUUGUUCAGGCAGGUCCAUAAAGCAUAUGACCACAACAACCAGCCAAAAGACGCCGACACCAACAUGGUCGCAUUUUUGCCUGUGAAGAAGUUCUCAGAAGUGUUUCCAAAGCCAGUCGAGAGUGAGGAACCCUACGAUGCAUAUGUCUUUUGCCGUGGUGAUGAUGCUAGGGAAGCAGUGCAGGCUUUUGUCGCCGCAGAUGGUGUGAAGUACGACCUGAAGGUUAAGGAGGGCAUGUGCAGCAUCGGGAAGUUCAUUACCAUCACCCAAGCAUACCCCACGGAGUUGGAGCAGGCAGCCAAAGAUUUGAAGAAGGUUGAGUUCAACCAUGACGAGGCAAGCCAACUCCGGUUGGUAGGACGGAACGGCUUCCCCAAAGAUGCAACAUACAACUGCAUCACCAAGAACGACAUCAAGGACGAGGUCAAGAAGCUGGCGAACAUGCGGAAUGUGAAGGUGAGCCUUCGUGAGGCACCUGACUGGUGCAUUGAUGGCACAGAGAAGUACAUCAAGGUGUCCGUCAAAGGACCGGUGCAUUGGUUCAGUUUGAGGAUGCGAGCAUGCCGAAUUCUCAGGCACCGACACCUAGGUGGCUUGCCAAAUGGUGGAGAAGAUUGCGAGCCUGAGUCGCAAGACCUGAGCGAGUCUGAGGUGGAGAACUUGCGGCAAGCUCCUUUGGCUUGGACCCUGUCCAGCAAAUGUUUGAAGGAAGGCUCGCCAGACUCAGAUCAUCCAGGGACCCCUGAGAAGGAGGUGGGUUCGUCUCAAAGAAUGCCAUCCACUGAAUGA